AUGAAGCCAACGGGCCUGGAGGCGCGGCGCAAGCUCAUAUACCUGCGGGUUGUUGCUGUGUUCACAGGGAGGGCAAAUUGCCCGUACUAUGCCAAAGCAGAGCUCCUGGCCUACUAUCUCCAGGCUAAUUUGCCAGACUUCAGGGUUCACAAGAUCACUAAGCACCCUGACGAAUGGGAGGAAUGGCUUCGUGACAUCUGUGAAAGGAAUGGAUGGGAACACAAACACUCUCCAAUCAUUUGGAGAGAACUUGUGGAUCGUGGAGGGAAGGGCCUGCUUCUGGGAGGAAUUAAUGAUUUUCUGGAAUAUGCUCAGCGCUAUUACGGUAUCACCUCACCAAUGCUCAGUGAGGAGAUGUUAGCCAUUGCCGAGGAGAACCUACAAGCUCACCUUGAGACUGAAAAAGAGGAGGAGGAGAUUAAAGGUCUCAUCAACCCUUUGCAGAUAUGGAUCACAAGUGCAUCAGCUCCAACCUGCUAUCAUCUGAUCCCCCUAUUGGCAAAUGGGAAAGUGUUUGGGAUGACCACAGAAAUCAGUAUCCAUUUACUGGACACGGAGCAGUUUGACCAAGUUCUGUGCGGUGUUGUGAUGGAAGCUGAGGACAUGGCCUUCCCGCUGCUCCGCAGCAUUGCAAAACACACUAAAAUGGAAGAGGCUUUCCUGGAAGCCGAUGUUAUCGUUGUUCUUGAUGAUAUCCUCUUCAAGCAUGAAGCCCCACGCCUCGAGGACUGCGUCAGAGAGCUGAGUGACACCUGUCGAGUGUAUGCUGCCCUCAUUGAAAAGAAUGCCAAGAGUGGUGUCAGAGUCAUUGCAGCAGGAAAAACCUUCGUAAACCUUAAGGCAUUGAUGAUUAAGACAUACGGCCCAUCCAUUAAACCUGAAAAUAUCAUUGCCCUUGCAACGUUCUGGGAAAGUGCAGCUAAAGGCAUGCUGGCCAGGAAAUUGAAUGUAAAUGCAGCAGGAGUUAAAGAUGUGAUUAUUUGGGGCAAUGUUACUGGCUGGAGCUACAUUGAUUUCUCACAUGCAAGAGUUUAUGGAUUUGACAGUGCUGUUUGGGGUCCACCUGAUUUUUCACGUCCUUUGUGCAAUGUGAUUCAUAAUAGCUGCAGUAUAUGUUCAGAAUUUCUGUCUGCACGGAGUUCAGUGAAUUCCCAGAAAUAUCACGGUGUGGGAAUGUCACCUGCUCAUGCAGUAGCUACUAUACUCAGAUACUGGUAUCAAGGCUCUCCUCCUGGGGAGAUUGUUUCUGUGGGAAUACUUUCUGAAGGUCAGUUUUGUGUUCCUGAAGGGAUUGUCUUUUCCAUGCCAGUGAGAUUCCACGAUGGUAUCUGGGAAGUCAUGACAGACUUAGAAAUUAAUGAAACAACUCAAGAAGUUCUGAGACUCUUAAGCCAUGAUCUAGUACAGGAAAAGCUUGUUGCACUAAGGAAAAUAAGAGAAAUGCGUCCAUAUAAAGAUGAUUUGGAAACCUUGUCUACAAGUUGA